CAACACUCGACUGCUGUACUUCGGUGAAGUCGCAUCUGUCAACAGACUUCAACAGGGUCCCUCCGUGGCCCCGCGCGGGUCGAGCGGCGUGUGGAAGCUGGUGUUUCUACCGCGAGUGUGAGUCUUCUCGGCGUGUCGGGGGAAAGGGAGACAUGCUGAGUGUCGGAGGUGUGAAUAAAGCAGAGGGCAGACAUGGAAACCCGCGAGACGUCAGCGCUGGACAGGCCCGCGGCGGAGCUGACGGUCAUGGACGUGUACGACGCAGCGGCGGUGCUCGCACAUGAGUUUGAGCGGGUCAUCGACAGGUUCGGCUGCGAGUCUCUGGUCGGGGUCGUGCCCAAAGUGGUGCGGGUGCUGGAGCUGCUGGAGGCGCUGGUGAGCCGCGGAGCCGCCGCACAGGAGGCCGAGGAGCUGCGGGGGGAGCUGGAGAGGCUGAGGCGGGAGAGGAGCGACAAGUGUGAACAGGAGAGGAAACACCAGAAGGAGUUGGAGCUGGUGGACGACGUAUGGAGAGGAGAAGUCCAGGACCUGCUCUCUCAAAUCACUCGGCUCCAGGCGGAGAACAAGAGGCUGCUAGUGAGCAUCUCUCCCAAAGAGUCACCUGUCACCCAGGAAGACCUGCAGAAACAGGAAGGAAUGUCAGAAAAAGAAAGACAGGUGAUGAAGAAGCUGGGAGACUUAGUGGAUAAGCAGAGGGAUGAAAUACGGGCGAAAGACCAUGAGCUAACACUAAAAAACGAGGAUGUUGAGGCGCUCCAGAUGCAGCAGCAUCGGUUGAUAAGGAUCAACCAGGACCUUUGUCACAGGAUAGGAGUGAUGGAAGCCCAGGUCAAGGGCCUAAUCCGGCAGAGGGCUGAGCUGGAGGCUGCAGCCCAGGCACGGCAGCAGGAGGUAGGGGCUCUGCAGCUGGAGGUCACCAGGCUGAGAAAGGAGCUCCGGGAAUGGGAACUGGAGAGAGAGAUCGUCGACAUAGAGGAGUCCUCUCUUACAAGAUCUGGGACAUCGUCACCUGCAUCACCGCAGAUGACGCUACAGCCCUCAGAAGCAGUGCCACCGAACGCCAUCAAACCAAAUUCAGUGUGGAUGGAGUGUGGAGGGGACCCUGGCUUCCUGGCAAAUUGCUUUGAGUGCGAAAAUAGUCCUUCCAUUCUCCCAAGGUCAUCUAACAGAGGAAACGAUGAGGAAGAGGGCAACAAAGAUGAAGACACAACGGCUUUUUCUCUGAAGGUGCCAGCUGAUACAGAGCCAGAGGAGGAGGUGGACAGCCUGGAGCAGGAGUCAGACAAACCUCGCUUUACUCUGCAGGAGUUACGGGACGUCCUGCAGGAGAGGAAUGAACUCAAGGCCCAAGUGUUUUUGCUACAGGAAGAGCUGGCAUAUUACAAAAGUGACGACUCUGACGAUGACACCAGCUCCAUUGUUUGUACUUCACCUCCUCCAUCAUGCUCCAAUUCCACUGAUCCGCCUGAAUCCGGAAUUCGACGUUUGAUCUUCACUGCCAUAAUGCCAAUGGUGGCAGCCGGUUUGCUCACAGAUGAUCCGACGUUGUUGCCAAUCAGAAGACUUUCCUUCGUAUGACUGGAAAUUUUAAUUAUCCUCAACACCAGGUUGCAUCUCUGAGUACAGUUCGCAAAGAGAAAUAUUUACAAGAAUUGGUUUAGUUGCUGCAAUACUUGGUGAUUUUAAAAUGAAUCGGUAUGGUUUAUAGAGUUAAAACUGUGAUGGAUAAACUACUGUUGUUUUAGUGGGGUCAACUUGGUGUUAAUACUUUAGCCAACUAGGUAAAAUUAAGUAAAAGUGUGACACAAGUGGCUGAACCUGGGGCCUGUACUAGGAAGCAAGUUCAACAUACCCGUUAUCUGGUUUGACUUAACCUAACAUUGACCAUCCUGGAUAACCUGCAUUACGAAGCUGGAUAUCAACUGUCUCAGUCGACCCCGGGUUUUCAUAUCGGAUUACGAGUGCGUUCAUGUGGAAGAGUCGUUAAUUACAACCGACAUCGUCAGAACCAUAAAUAAAGUUUUUAAUAUGAUACGAAAAGAAACGUUGAUUCGUGCAUGUCUUUUUGGUUUAAGCGACAUUUAAAAGUGACAUUCUACAAAGUGAAAUGGAAAUAAUAUGAUCAAACAACUAAAACAGAAAAGAACCAUAUUUUUCUGAUUGGGUGGAAGUCAUGGAAAAGGCAUUUGCAAUGGUUUAUGGGAUGAGUAGUACCUUCACGCUAAAAAUAAAUAUGUACAGUCUUGUACCUUUGCCCUUUUUGCAUUUCCCAAAUUUUUUGGGUGAUGUUAAGAUGUACUUGAUCUAGUUUCUUUAAGUUAUGUUUUAUGACAAUAAAUUAUUUAGGUUGUCAGACCACUUCCCCUUUUUCUUUCAUAUUUCUACUACAAGAACUAAACAAGCAGGUGUAGGAUUGUCCUGCUUUGUUGGAGGUAUGAGCUCUAUCGACACUAGAACAAAAAUGUUCCAACAAUAAUGACAAUACAAAAAAUAAAUGUCCUAAAUAUCAAUAUCUGCUUGGUUGCAUCUGUAAAACAAUCUUUGUUCAGAAUAAAGUAAUAAAGUUCUAUUUUUAUUUUA